CCUAAGGCAGGCUUGCCAUUCUCCGCAAUGUCAUCGCAAUCUCAUCUUUGGUCGGCCACGAGCUCAACAGAUUCCCCCGCGGCGAGCGGGAAUCGACCUGGGCUGGACUCCCGAACGCGGUAUCCAGGCCGCCGGUUCGCCCAGAUCGUCAAACUGAAGCCCGAGUUUGUGGACAAGUACAAGGAGGUCCACGCUGCGGUGUGGCCCGAGGUGCUGAAGCAGAUCAAGGACUGCAACAUCCAGGACUAUAGCAUCUUCCAUGACCCGGAGACCGGCAUCCUGUUCGCCAGCUUCAAGUACGUCGGGUACGACUACGCCGGCGACAUGGAGCGCAUGCGGGAGAACCCCAAGGUGCGCGAGUGGUGGAGGAUGACGGACGGCAUGCAGGAGUCGCUGGUACCGGGCGCCAAGGACAGCGAGUCAGGCGAGCCCUCGUGGUGGAAGCCGAUUGAGGAGGUGUUUUACACACCCUGA